UUCUAUCCCAUCAUCGCGUGCGGGAACAGGGGCUAAAAAUAAUUUCGUGUUUUGUGAUGGUUUCGUGCUCAAGGAAAGUCACAGCUUGACGAUUAUGAUAGAGGUGCUGUGAGUAAACAAACAAACAAUGGGAAAUACAGGACUAGGGAAGCAUAAAGAUGUGCACAACUCAGAUUCUACUUUAGAAUUUGAAACUGGCAAGAAAAUGUUCCCCAGUGAGCAAGAAGCUAAGAUGAUUUUAUCAGCAAGGGAACCAGAAAUUGAUGAUCAUAGUGAUUAUGACUAUGAUGAUGACUCUAUGGAAGGGGAGCCACCACAAAAAAGAACAGUACCAACAGUGUUUACCUGGGAGAAUGGUGGCAGAGAAGUCUUACUUUCUGGGAGUUUUAAUGACUGGAAAACAAGAAUCCCUAUGAACCUAAGCCAAGGGGAAUUCUCAACAAUAAUUGAGCUGCCUGAAGGCGAGCAUGAGUACAAGUUUUGUGUUGAUGGCCGCUGGAUUCAUGACCCAAAUGCUCCAACCACAAACGACAAUUUUGGGGGCAGAAACAAUGUCAUUAAUGUAAAGAAGUCUGACUUUGAAGUGUUUCAAGCUCUGGAGUCUGAUGCUACUGCCAGUAUUGGUUCUGCUGGCUCGAUCAGUAAGUAUCCAACCACAAACGACAAUUUUGGGGGCAGAAACAAUGUCAUUAAUGUAAAGAAGUCUGACUUUGAAGUGUUUCAAGCUCUGGAGUCUGAUGCUACUGCCAGUAUUGGUUCUGCUGGCUCGAUCAAAUCGAUGUCGGGAUCACCACCUGGCUCCUAUGGGCAGCUCAUUCCAUCACACCACAACCCUGUUAUUGUGCAAGAUGGCAUGCAUGCCAGUGUCCCUCCAGUUCUACCACCACAUCUACUUCAUGUCAUACUCAAUAAAGAUGUUGUGGAUCACAAUGACCCAUCCCUUCUGCCAGAACCAAACCACGUUUCUCUCAAUCACCUCUAUGCACUCUCAAUAAAGGAUGGAGUUAUGACAUUAAGUGGGACACAUCGCUUUAGGGAGAAAUAUGUCUCAACGCUGCUAUACAAACCAAUCAAAUAAAAACAUUUUGCUUUAUGUAAAAAGCUGUCUUAAUGCAGUGUAGCAUGAUCGAUCAAGGUGGUUGGAUUGUCUUCAUGGAUCAGAUGAGUUGAAGGACUUACGGCAGGAAUUCGGCAGAAAAGUUAUUUGACAUUGGCGAGGAAAGUAAAUAUGCACUGUUUGAAAAUGCCUGGUUUGCAAUCCCAGGUUUGAGUUGAGUAGUUCGUUGUCUAGGGAUUGUGUAAAUCACAUAAGAACUACAGUAUUUGUUGUUACAUUAUUGAGGAAUGAGGGGAAAAUUCAAAUUUACAGCCUACAUACAUGUGCAUCCAGGCAGUCUUCAGCUAAUACUGGGAGACCUCCAAGCUAGUUGCUUUUUACAAAAAUGUGGAAGCAACAACAAGUCGCUUUUUGAAAAAAAUAGAUUUUCAACUCUAUUUUCAGCCAUAGUUGUGGCAACAUACUGUUGUAUAAGGUGAUUUUUUAAAUAUUAUCAUUAAAUAAUGUAGACCUUGUUCCUCGAGUCUUUGUUCCUUACUGUGCAAACAUGACAAAACAUCUGGCUCUCAAAUAUUGUUACUGGCUAGCUCGAUUUUGAUUGAUUUCAAAAACAAUAGAAAUGAGCAGAAGUAGAACACUGGGGACUUGAGCCAUUCAGCUGCGGGUGUGUCACCUACGCAUGCCGAAUUCCACCAGAAGUCUGAUAUCUUCAGCCAGGUUGCUCGUCUGCAUACUGCUGGUCAAGGGGAACAAAGACUCUGAGAGAGUAAAAAGUUGACAGUGUUUUCAUAUUGAACUUGGUUAUCGCAGGUUAAAUAAUGAUGUACUCAUGACUGAAAAAUCACGAUAUUAAUAGCUAAAUAAAUGCUAAUAACAAGAAGCAAUGUCAACAAAAGGCAGCAAUAUUGUAGAUCAUACUUUGAAUUGUUGUUCCUACAUGAAUUCUCCAACAAAAUGGCACCACAAUAUUAUGUCAGGGCGUCAUGAUACAGAUUUGAAUUUAAGAACAUAAACUAUGUUUAUUUUGUAUUUAGAGCACCUGUGCUCAGGACCAAUAAUUAUCAGAAGAUACCUUGAUCUACGCUUCUAGAAGAUAACUUACACAGUCUCUAAACUUGUUCGUAUUGUGUCGCUGAUUUAACUUUUUUGUUCUUACUUGCAUUAUGCCUGCAAUGCAAUUAGUCGCAAUUGUGGUAAAAACAUUACUGGCACAGCCUUCUGGUGUUGGUAGGCAUUUUUGAGAGCUAUUUGUACCUAGUGGCAACAGUAGCUCUCACUAGGACUGUUUUUACAGAGGGUUAGCCAUAAUAAAGUCUUGUUGUCCAAAGGACAACCACCAAAACAGCGGGAAUUGCAUACAUGUAAUAAUAUUGUAACACCAUAUUUUUUUCUUUUUUACUUGGCACUAGAAUUACUUUGAAUAAUACGUUUUAUUACACUAACCACUACAAUACUUUAAUAAUUAUUAUAGUCUUAUUAUCCCUAGAACUCUCUGCAACACAUCCUGUUGCCACCAUUAAACCAAUGGUCUUUGAGCAGAGAUCAUAGACCACCCCAGACACAA